UUUAGAGAAUUCAUUUCACAUUAACAAUGCCAUUGAAGCAUAUUAAAAAAUUGAAGCGCUUAUCACCGCAAGAACGUACCGAUUUUCUUAAUUCAUUCGAUUUGAUUCUAAGCGAUUGCGAUGGAGUUGUUUGGAUGGCCUCGGGCAUUCCCAUUGCAGGGGCAGGUGAAACAGUCAAUCUACUAAAGGCCUAUGGAAAAGAAGUGAAAUUUGUAACGAACAACAGUUUGAGAUCGGACGUAGAAUAUGUGGAAAAAUUUACAAAAUUGGGUGUGAAAAAUGUUGAAGAGAAUGAUAUCGUAUACCCCACCAAGGCUAUGGCCUGGUAUUUGAAGAAAAUCAAACCGGCUGCCACUAUUUAUCCUUUAAUAGCAUCUGCCAGUAAGAAACUUCUAAGCUCCUAUGGAUUCAAUCUCAUUCCCAUUGACAUAGAUGUCAAUGAGUUGACCUUCCAGACCUUCGCCCACUACCUAACGAAAAAUGGACCCACGAAAGUGGAUACAGUUAUCAUAGACUACAAUUUAGCCACUGGGUAUGCUCACAUUAUCAAAGCUUUGCAAUAUCUAAAUGAUCCCGAAUGUAAACUUAUGGUGGGGGCAACGGAUUCAAUGGUGCCAUUAACAUCAUCUUUAAGUAUACCAGGUUAUCUGGAUUUCUAUGAAAUUCUCACGAAAUAUACUUCCAAAGAACCCAUUGUAAUGGGAAAACCUUCAAAACAUUUGGAAGAUUUUCUAAAAGAAUUCUAUACUAUAACGAAUUCCAAACGUUGUCUAUUCAUUGGUGACUCUUUGAAGGCGGACAUUGGUUUUGGAAAGAGUGCCGGAUUCCAAACACUUUUUGUUUCUACUGGCAUAAAUAACGAAGAAGAUGUGUUAAAUGCUCCAGAAAUGUGUACACCAGACUAUUAUGCCGAUAGUUUUGCUGACUUGAAAGAGCUGGUGUUAGAACAAGGAAAGCUGGAAUCAAAAGAUGCAUUAGGCAAUGGUAAUGGUAUAAAAAAUUUAUAAGAAAAAACUUAGUAAAAUCAAAAAAAUAUAUAAAGGAUAUAUAAGGAUAUUGUUGUGUAGAUAUUCAUCAGAUAAAUAAAUAAAAUCGGUUAACAAAUAAAACCAUA